AUGCCGGCCGUAGAAUCCAAGUUCGACCCCAAGGACAUGCAGUUCCGUCGACUCGGAGCCGCCGGUCUGAAAGUGUCGGUCUUCUCACUUGGCGGAUGGUUGACCUACGGAGGGACUCAGAAGGGAAACAUCGUCAAGGAAUGCAUGGAAACUGCAUGGAGCUAUGGCAUCAACUUCUUCGAUACCGCUGAAGUUUACGCAAAGGGCGAGUGCGAGGUGGAGAUGGGCAAUGCAUUUCGGGAGCUCUGCUGGCCUCGGGAUGAAUACGUGCUCAGCACUAAGGUCUUCUUCGGAACGGGACGACAGGAGCCCAACACCAGGGGACUGAGCAAGAAGCACAUCGUCGAAGGCUUGAAGAGCUCGCUCAAGCGUCUUCAGCACGACUACGUUGACGUCGUAUUCGCCCAUCGUUAUGAUCCCGACGUGCCAAUGAAGGAGAUUGUCGAAGCUUUCACACAGACGAUCCGGGACCUUAACCUCGCGUACUACUGGGGCACGUCCGAAUGGCCAGCCGAGCGUAUUCAAGAGGCACACGACAUCGCCGAGAAGUACAACCUAAUCGCGCCCGUUGUCGAGCAGCCGCAAUACAAUGCGUUCCACCGCGAGCGAUUCGAGAAGGAGUAUGCGCCGCUCUUCAAGAAUUACCAGAUGGGCACUACCAUCUGGUCUCCGUUGGACUCUGGUAUCCUUACCGGAAAGUACGACAAGGGCAUUCCAGAAGAUUCACGCUUCGCCACGAACCCCGAAUUCUUCAAGAACACAAUCGAGAAGCUGAAGUCGGAGGAGGGCAAGACCAAGCUGGAGAAGGUGAGGAAGCUUGGAAAGAUAGCCGAGAAGCUCGGCGGCAACACGACUCAGCUCGCUCUGGCUUGGGCUGCGAAGAACCCUAACGUCAGCACCGUCAUCCUCGGAGCUUCGAAGACGGAACAGAUCCACGACAACUUGAAGGCGGUGCAGAUAUUGUCCAAGCUGACCGACGAUGUGUACCAAGAGAUCGAGGACAUCCUCCAGAACAAGCCAAAGGCGUGA